AUGGGGUGCUGCCCAGGGGACUGCUUCACCUGCUGCGGCCAAGAGCAAGACUGCUGUGAAGAGUGCUGCUGCGGGCCCUCCUGCUGCGGGUCUUGCUGCGGCUGCUGCGGGCCCUGCUGCGGGUCUUGCUGCGGCUGCGGUGGCUCGGGCUGCGGUGGCUCGGGCUGCGGUGGCUCGGGCUGCGGAGGCUGCGGGGGCGGCUGCUGCGGGUCUUCCUGCUGCGGAUCUGGCUGCGGGGGCGGCUGCGGAUCUGGCUGCGGGGGCGGCUGCUGCGGGAGCUGCUGCGGAUCCAGCUGCUGUGGCUCCUCUGGGUGCUGCGGCCCUGUCUGCUGCCAGCCCACGCCUGUCUGCGACACGAAAUGA